AUGGCGUCUGCCAACUUUUUGGAAGAAGCGCUUAAAUCAGACGUCGACGAAUCCGCGGUGAAUGCGAUAGUCGGUACGCUGGAAAAUCAGUUGGACGCGAACGUGACCCAGGUGCAACAAGUUGAAAGUGUAGCAGGGCCGAACGUGACGGUCGGUGGUGUUAAAAAUCAAACUGCUGGUGCACGCAUCGAGGCAGGCGUUGUGUCUAAUGGGGGUACGAGCAGUAGCAGCAGCAGCAGUGCUUCACCACCAGUACAGGCAGUGUCGUCGACUCUCGCACAGCAGCAAAAGAAACACGGUGGCCUCAUUACGAAUGGUGAAAUAGUGUCGAAUAUUAGUGCGAACCAUAGUGCUAUCAUUAACAACAAUACGAUUACGACCAAUAAUAACAACCUUGGCAAGACGUUCGUGGUGAACGCGAGUGGGAACAGCUCGAUAACGACGGUGAUCGGUGGGAAAGGUAUUGGUGGUAGUAGCGCCGUUGUCGGUGGUGCGUUAUCGAACAGCGUUGGCCACCAUCAGCAACAUCAGCAGCAGCAACAGCAACGUAACGCAAUCCCAGCAACGGUGGUUGCCACGGGGGGUACAACCGGCGGAGGCGGCGGAACCGUUAACAUCAUCAGCCAGCAGAUUGUGGUACCUGCGCGCAGUGUUAGCGGCGGUACCGUCCUCGGUCAGCAUCCACCUCCGCCGUUCAACGUCCCACCACAGCACAGUUAUUCGGCCGCUGUGAGCAACAGCAGCAACAUCGUUCUCAGCAAUAACCACCUUGUAACGUCGUCGAAUAUGCCAAAGAAUGAACCAGUGAAAUUGGUUUAUCCUGCAGCCGGCGGUACACAGACGGCGGUCCUCAACAUGAACAACAACCGCGUCACGCUGACACCGUCCUCGCUGCCGAACGGCACGCUUACGAUGUCGCAGCAGCCACAGCUGAUCCAGACGAACGUGGUUGCGACCGGUGGCGGGACCAAAACUAUCACCGGUACCACGAUCCAGCAACAGCCCGGUGCUGGUCAGCCCGGGCAACAGCAACCCGGUGCCACACCGCAGACGAUCAUCAUCAAGAACUCGUCCGGUGGUGGCACGGUCAUGAAUACCGGGACGCCCGGCAUCGUGACGGUUUCGAAACCGAUCAACAAUCAGGCAACACCAAACAUAGUCGGUUUACCCGGUGUACAAAUUGUAAAUGUUAGGCCUGGCGCACAACCCACACAAGCACAGCAGAAAACUGUUGCCGCUGUAUCACCUAGAGUUGUUAUUGGUAGUCAGCCAAUAGUUAGUACUAGACCACCAAACGCAAGCGCUAUCACAUUAAGUGCCCUUCAAGGACAGCAAGGUUCGACGCUGCUGCUGAAGAAUGAGCAGGGCCAGUUUCAGCUGCUCCGGAUCGGUCCGGCCCCGGCCGGUGCCCAAAUUACACCCGCCAGUCUUACUGGAUCGUCCGCCAACUCCACGAUACGGUUGCAAACUGUACCAGCUACACAUUCAUCCGGCUCCGGUGCAAUAAUAGUGAGCUCACAGUCAAUAACGACGGCACCGACCAGCUACAUCUCCACCCAGCCGACGCCGGUUGCAUCAGUGGCGCCGGUCCCGGCCCUGGCCGCUCAGCAAAAUAUCACGAUCACUCACUCCCCGUCGCAGGUGGGAGGACAACCGACGGUGCUGGCGGCACAACAGCAGCAGCACCAACAGCAGACGACGACCGUCGUCGCGACACCUCAUUCCGUAGGCCAACAGCAAUCGCAACAGCAGACGGUUGUUGUUACCACCACACCGGGUACGACACCGGCGCAGCAGCGAAACUCCUUAGAUAAUACCAAAGAAAAGUGUAGCAAAUUUCUGACGAACCUAAUCGAACUCUCGAAGCGGGAACCGGCGAAGGUGGAGCAGAAUGUGCGAACGCUUAUACAGGAGUUGGUGGAUGCGAACGUCGAUCCGGCGGAGUUUUGCGAACGGCUCGAGCGCCUACUGAACGCUAGUCCGCAACCCUGUUUGAUUGGCUUUCUGAAGAAAAGUUUACCACUGCUACGGCAAUCGCUAGUGACUAAAGAAAUAACGAUCGAAGGUAUCAACCCGCCCUCGACCGCAGUUGCCUUUGGUACUACCGCCUUAUCCCAAAUUCCUGCCCAAAUACGUCCGGUCGCACCGACGAUCGUGUCGCAGAACAGUAUGGUCGGUCAGACGCAAAUUCGUAUGCUAACCUCUCAAUCCGGCAUGACGACAGUGCCACGGAUCGGGCAAACCACCAUCCGGCCGGCGGCUCCCGUGCGAAUACAGACACCCUUACAGCAACACCAAACGGGUUCAACGACAACGACCAUUGUAGGACCACGCUCUAUAACUGCCCAACAAAUUAGACCAAACGCCACCACGAUCGGUCAUACGACGAUCGUGCAGACGGCGGGCGGCCAGCAGCUGCCGCAAACCAUCUCAACCACACCUCCUGCAUUGCUACCGAUCCGCGCACCGUCCGGCACCUCGAUUACACGUACUGGCGCGACGUUACAGAUACGCACCACUACACCGGUGUCGCGCACGGUCACGUCCGUCGGUGGCACGACGGUAACGACGGGCGGAAUCGGCAAACAGAUCCUCCAGACGCAAGUUAAUCAGAUCCGCGGACAGACGCCGGUAGCCUCGGUGGCGGCCGUCGCUGCGGCGGCCGCUGCCGCCGCUUCCGGUUCCACUGCAACGCAAGUAAAGCAAGUGACAGCAAUUACCGGCGGUGGGAACGUGGUGGUUAGUUUGAACCAAGUGCCACCUCCGAUGCAGCCAGUCUCGGGGAACGCCAGCGUCAUUGGCAGUACCGCAGGCUCGCUGGCCGUUAGUCUUGUACCGACCAUGCCCGCCCUCACGCUAACCUCCUCGGCGGUAAGCGCCGGACUGGGUGCGGGAGUUGCACCUUCGCCAGCGACGGCGGUGCCCGGGGGCAUCUCCGCGACGGUAGUUGUAAACUCUUCGUCCACAGCACCGGCACCGACGGGAGCCAGCGCGGUCGGAACGGCUGCGACCGGUGUUGGUAGCAAUAGUAGUAGCGGGAUAACGGCCGGUGCGACCGUAACGAGCGUAUCGACUAAUAAAACUGUUACUGCCAAAUCGCAGAACCUCUCGGGAGCAUCCAAGAAGAAGGCUAGCUCGUCGUCGGCCGCCAGCGGAACGGAUCCGGAGAGUGCGGCUAGCAAGCGGGCCGGAGCAUCGGCACAGUCGCAGUUCUACCACCACCAUGCGUCUAUGUACGGCGACGACGACAUUAACGAUGUGGCCGCGAUGGGCGGCGUGAAUCUGGCGGAAGAAACACAGCGCAUCCUCGGCUCGACCGAGUUCGUUGGGACGCAGAUACGGUCGUGCAAGGACGAGGUGUUUCUCCAUCUGCCGGCACUGCAAUCGAGAAUACGUAACAUUAUCGCGCGUCACGGUCUCGAGGAGCCGAGCAAUGAGGUGGCCGUGCUGAUAUCACACGCGUGCCAGGAACGGUUGAAGAACGUCGUUGAGAAGCUAGCCAUCAUUGCGGAACAUCGGAUAGAUAUCAUUAAGGUCGAUCCGCGAUACGAAGUGACCAAGGAUGUGCGUGGACAAAUAAAAUUUCUUGAAGAGCUAGACAAAGCUGAACAGAAACGGCACGAAGAGCAGGAGCGGGAAAUGUUGAUGCGGGCAGCCAAAUCACGCUCCAAAACUGAAGAUCCGGAGCAGGCCAAAUUGAAGGCAAAGGCGAAAGAAAUGCAACGCGCAGAAAUGGAGGAACUGCGGCAACGGGAUGCAAACAUGACCGCGCUGCAGGCCAUCGGUCCACGAAAGAAACCCAAGCUGGAGGAAGGUGUAACGGCGUCUGCUACGCCUGGAGUGUCUGGUAUUGGUACGCUCAGUGGGAAAACGCCAACACCACUACGGCCGCGUAUCAAACGAGUUAAUCUGCGUGAUAUGCUGUUCUAUCUGGAGCAAGAGCGGGACACCGGGAAAAGUCAGAUGCUUUACAAAGCCUACCUCAAGUGA